AGAUGUCAGCUCAGUCAUGUGAUCAACUGUGUCCAAUCACAGCAUGUAAACAGGGUAAUGCCGGUUAUCGCCAUUUCUCUCCUCACGAGCUGUCACGCUGACAGAGGAGAGCCGGUAAUCGGCACUGAUCAUCAGGGCACUGGUGAUCAGUGUGCCCUGAUGAUCUGUGUAGCCCCAGCAGUGCCACCUGUCAGUGUCCAUCAGUGCCAGCUCUCAGUGCUCAUCCAUGCCACCUGCCAGUGCCCAUCAGUGCCCAUCUGAGCUGCCUUUCAUUGUCACCCAUAAGUGCCAGUCAGUGCCACCUAUCAGUGUCAUAUAUCAGUGCUGCCUUUCAGUGCCCAACAGUGAUGAUUAUCAAUGCCCAUCAGUGCCACCUACCAGUGCCUCCUCAUCAGUGCCAUAUAUCAGUGCUGCCUUUCAGUGCCCAUCAGUGAUGAUUUUCAAUGCCCAUCAGUGCCACCUACCAGUGCCUCCUCAUCAGUGCCACCUAUCAGUCUCCAUCAGUGCAGCCUAUCAGUGCCCAUCACUGCAGCCUCGUUAGCGCACAUCAGUGAAGGAGAAAAAUCACUUAUUUACAAAAUUUUAUAACAAAAACUAAGAAAAAACUUUUUUUUCAAAAUUUUCAGUGGUUUUUGGUUUGUUUAAGAAAAAAUAA